GUAUAUUUCAAGCGGGAUGGAGAGUUGAUAGAGGUGAUCUCCUAUGUUUCAUCCACCGUGGGUUACGAGGGUGGUGGCCCCGCUGGUGUGCGUGGAGCCAGACCUCUGAUCAGCAGGGAUCUGGAUGACACUAAGCUGAGAAAGUCUCUAUCUCUGCUGGGUCCGGAUGGCAGGCCCGGACGCCUGAACACAGAGAGCCCUGGGCGGAGCUACAUGGCCAGACAACCCGGCCAAGAGCCCAGCCCGGCCACAGAGACCAUCCCAGAGACAGUGGUCAACCGAGAGUUCCCACGCUGGGUUCAGAGCACUGACCCCCUGUACUACUUCAGCAACGCGCAGAUCCCCCAGAGCGACGGGUCUGUGCUGGUUCAGGCCAAACUCACCUGGACUCUGAAUCCGCAGUUGGACAACGACGCCCUGUUUAGCUGCGAGAUCACGCACCCGGCUCUCUCCAUGCCUAUGCAGACUGAGGUCAUACUGGCUUCAACUCCCCCUCCUCUUCUCUGUUCUGCAGAAAACCCAAGCAUGAUGAAAAACACACAGAAUCCGAACAAUGGAGCUCCUGGUUUGCACAAGCUUGGACUGAUAUGCCUGCCACUUAUUCUCACAGUGACUGUUGAACUGACGUGAAUAUCCUCGAUUCAACCGCACACAAACACUCCUCCUCUCCAGUCAGUCACACACACACUCUCUCUCACACACACACACACACACACACACACACACAAACAAGCCUUCUCCAGACCGUGAAUAAACCUACCUUGCGUUCAUCUAUGGGAGAACCUGAUCCCCCAACAGGGGGCGCAACACCCUUUUUUGUGAACACAGAAGAAAAAAAAAGAUCCAGAUGGAGAUGAUAAUAUGGCUGAUUUAAAAAAAUAAAAAGAUGAUAUAAAAAAAUAACAUGCUGAAUAUGAGAACAAGCCCCUCCUUAUUGUCUGCCCCUACCACACUGACACUUUUUUUUUUGCAUUAAACUUGCCUGUCAAUCAACAGAGACCUAUCAUUCGGAAAAGCAAAAAGGCGCCUGGUGUUCACAAUGAACAAAAAUGCCAUACACUGGAGUGUGAAGAAAAGACAUUAAGGAAUUGUGGGUCACUGACAACGCUGACUGUCACUUCAACUCCACCUAGCCUUCCUCGAGUUGCCUCCAUUAGAAUUACUGCACACUGGCACAAACCGGACUCAAACACACCCCCUUUUUAAGGACCAUGUUUUACGCCAUUUGUGUUUUUUGAUCACAGUAUUUUUCCGUUUCGUUUCCUUGAAUGGCUCUCGGCUGGAAUGUAACAUAAAGAGACAAUACUAAACAUCCUGUGACAUUUUAUUGCGAAGAAAUGGAAGAUCCUCUUUUUAAGUGUAUUUUGUGUACAUCCCUGUAAAUAAUGAAAAGUAUAUUACAGAGCAGAAAACAAAACAAAAAAAAUAAUUAAUAGAGGUUUGGGGGAAAGAUGCAAAGGGUGUAUAGAAGAUAAUGGCUUUAUUGCGUGUGUCUGGUCAUCCCCAACUGAAAUCCAACCCAGGC